AUAUUCGCAGGAAUGUCUCUGUUAGAAAACUGGCAAUUUGGGGAGUAAGAAGAUCAGAAGUGAAGCUUGGAAUACAGGACAAGCAAAACUGACGGUUCAAAAUAAGGAAAUCAAGGUCAAACGUAUCUAAUAGUUGCCGCUGAAAACCAACAUUCGAUUCCUGGAACUAAAAGGAUAAUCUUAUAAGACGACCAAAGAUUUUGCUCGUUGUAGCAGCGAAACCACAUAUAGCUUUGAUAGUCCCGCCGAGCGACUGUAAUAACGUCAACCGUAGAAAGAUGCGCAUAGUUCAGUGCUGAGAAACACGAAGACUUGAAAAGGACUUGAACUAGAAAACCGCUGGAUUUUAUUGUGACAGAAGACAGCAACAGUAAAGUAUGGUGGCGCUUACGGAUUGGACUUUACUCGCGACUCUGGUGUUGCAUUUUCUAUUGGACGUGAGCUCGGGCCUCGUACCCAAGGUCGGCCGGAAUAACUUGAUACGGCAGGCCGCCAAAUACACGAGCGACACCCGAGAGGAAGAGGACGCGAUAGUCAACGAAUAUGAGAAAAGCCUGUUGAACAUGUUCGGGCUUAAGCGAAGGCCCACGCCGGAAAAAGACUUCCAGGUCCCGCGUAUUAUGCAGCACCUGUACAAGGCGCACAUGGGCGACUACUACGAGCCCGAACCUAAGAUCGUGACGUCAUGGGAAACCGGUUUUGAUCUUCCGCAUGAAGAUAUUGCGAGCCGAGUUAACACUGCUAGAAGUUAUCACCACGAAGAUAACGAGGAGCAUUACCCCGGGAUGCCGAGCAACCACAUCCGGCUACGAUUUGACAUCAGUACGAUGCCGAGUGAAGAGGUUAUCGGCGCUGCAGAGCUUCUCCUGCAUCGAGAGGCAGUGUGGCAUCAUGUAACAUCAGGCCAAGGCCACAUGCAUCGCUUAAAUAUAUACGAGAUCGUCAAAAUGCCUCCGGACGAUGGGGGAAGAGCAGGGAGCCGUUUUGGAAGCCGACCCCAACCUAUUACUCGGUUACUGGACACGAGACUCAUAGACACCCGGAACACAACUUGGGAACGGUUUGAUGUUAGUCCAGCUACCUUGCUAUGGUCCAGGGUCGCGCAUAAGGAGAACCAUGGUUUAGUGGUCGAGGUGGUGCAAGAAGAUGAACAAAUACCGCCGCAAGGUGACGCUGAGCGACAUGUGCGCCUGAAACGUGAUAUGCACCACGAUGUUUCGGACCGAGAGUGGGUCCAUCUAAGACCAAUGCUUCUCACUUAUUCGCACGACGGAAAAGAUACCUCGCUGCGUCGGCGCAAACGUAGUAGUAGAAACCGCGACUCCUCUAACUCAAGUUCUGGAAGAAAAAACCGUCGGAAGAAACGAAAGCGUCGAAAUGUUUGUCAGCGGCAUGACCUCUACGUGGACUUUGCUGAGGUCGACUGGACAACUUGGAUUGUUGCUCCACCGGGCUACGACGCCUACUAUUGCCAAGGACAGUGCCCGUUCCCAAUGUCGGAUCAUUUGAACGCGACAAAUCACGCUAUUGUGCAGACUUUAGUUAACGCCGCGAACUCAGCGCUCACGCCUAAGCCAUGCUGCGUGCCUACUGAACUAGGAGGUGUACCUAUGUUGUACCUGGAUGACAAAAGCAAAGUCGUCCUCAAAAAUUACCCUGAAAUGACGGUGCAAGCUUGUGGGUGUAGAUAGGGGACCGUCGCGGUAUGCCGACCUGGCAGUGUCCUUUCAAUUACCGAAACGGGGUUUCGAUUUAGGUCGCGAACGACUGUGCCAGAGUGGCAGAGAAGGCGCCCCCGUAUAUCCACGAGGAGCAACGAUGUCGAAGAAUGAGGUGUGGCGAGGCGCCAUCAAACUUCGGACGCCAUAACAGCCAGAAAUGACGCCCAGACAGCAUUUCUUACUGUUCGUAAACUCUUGCCAUGCGUAUUUCUUUAUAACUUCUGUAAUAUAAGAGCUUCUUUAUAUACCAUUUCACACAAAGCAUGCCCUUGUCAUGUAUUUAACAAUACUUUGGACAAUUAACAACAAACACAUUGGGUUUUCAGGCGUACGCCACACUACGAUAUAAUGAAACAAAUGAGUUUUGUAAUCUUCACAUAUUUUGCUCUUCGUAUUUCCUUUCUGUGUCGAUCUUCAGCAUUCCCGCGUAAAUAAUUAUAGUUAUUUAUUAACUUGUUGUUGUGUACAUCGCUUGUUAAAAAGUUAUUUUUUUUGCAAUUUAUAUAUUGAAAGUGUUAAAUAAAAAAUAACUUUGAAAUCA